CAGGCUCUCCAAACAGAGCCGAACUUCCCAUCACUACAAGAAAGCUUAGUCUGUGACCUUUAUCAUUAUCAAGUUAAUUAAUCUGCGUUGUUAUAGUAUUUUAAAUCAACUAGCGGACAUUGAACAUUAAUUAUAGAAUAGUUUUGGUAGUUUUUCCCGGUAUAACAGGAUGCUAUCUUUGCUAAGUGUUUUUUGGACCCUGAGGUAGUGGGCUCAGCUGCUCCCCGCCCCUUCACCGCAGGCUCCUCACCCUUCUCUCCCCUGUUGGCCCAUUGUUCUGUGUUUGAUGAUUGGUUAGGACGAGGUUCAAGUCAGCCAGAGUAAAACACACAACGUCCGGUCUGCACCUCCAAAAUAAAAUACCGCCCUGCAAAUGAGGAUGGAUACCCGGCUAUGCAUCUCCAGGUACCCACUGCUGGUGCUGCUCUACGCGGCGUGUGCACUGUCGGGGACCCGGAGCCCCGUGGCUUUAGCGGGGAGGAGCUGCGCAGACACCCGGCAGGUGUACGCUGAGAAGGGGUACAGCACCGGCACUGCACCGAUGACUCAAAUCUCUGGUGAGCACCUGCGGCUCUGCCCUCAGGACUACACAUGCUGCUCCAGUCAGAUGGAGGAGACACUGGCUCUCCAGAGCGAGAGGGACUUCAUCAAAGCAGUGGAAGAGAACAGCCAGUUUCUCCUGACGACCUUUACCCAAAGACACCGCAGGUUUGAUGAGUUCUUCAGAGAGCUCAUCGACUUGUCGGAGAAGUCCAUGAACCAGAUGUUUACCAAGACCUACGGCCGCCUCUUUACCCAGAAUGCACAUGUCUUCCAGGAGCUGUUUGUGGAGCUGCGCAGAUAUUACUCUGGGGGCAGUGUAAGUCUGUCUGAGGUUCUCUCAGACUUCUGGUCCAGGCUGGUGGAGCGGGUCUUCUCUCUGGUUAACCCACAGUAUCAGUUCAGCGAGGACUACCUGGAGUGUGUCAGCAAACAUGCCGAGCAGCUGCAGCCGUUUGGGGAUGUGCCCCGCAAACUGCGCGUACAAGUGUCGAGGGCUUUCAUUGCAGCCAGAUCUCUCUCCCAGGCUCUGGCGGCUGGUCGGGAUAUUGUUAACAAAGCAACAAAGUUGAACGCAGAUUCAGAGUGCGUACGCGGGUUAAUGCGUCAGUGGUACUGCCCUUUGUGUCGAGGGUUGCCCUCCCUGCGGCCCUGCCGCUCACUGUGCCUGAACGUGAUGAAGGGCUGCUUAGCCAAUCAGGCAGACCUGGACACCGAAUGGGACAAUUUUAUUGACGCUCUUUACCAGGUGUCAGAAAAGCUGGAGGGGCCAUUCAACAUGGAGCUUGCAGCCGACUCCAUAUCUGUGAAAGUGUCAGAGGCCAUCAUGCACAUGCAGGAAAACAGCGUCAGCAUCUCCACCAAGGUGUUUCAAGGCUGUGGAAAUCCUAGGCCAGCUCCAGGAAGGUCCAAACGCUCAUCCAAAGAGUCAGGGGGCAACAGGAGACCCUUCCGCACGUACACUCCCGAGGAGAAGCCCACCACUGCUGCAGGCACCAACCUGGACCGGCUGGUUACAGAGCUGAAGGAGCGACUGCGGCCUAUGCGUGGCUUCUGGGUGUCCCUCCCACACACCAUCUGCAACGAUGAAAAGAUGGCUACCGACGUCACUAAUGAAGACCGCUGCUGGAACGGGCAGACCCGAGGGAGGUACCUACCGGAUGUGACAGGCGACGGGCUGGUCAGCCAGAUCAACAACCCUGAGGUGGAAGUGGACAUAGCCAGGCCAGAUGUGAGGACCAGACAGCUCAUCAUGGAGCUGAGGGUGGCGACCAAUAAACUGAGACAUGCUCAGAGUGGACAGGACAUGGACUUCAUGGACAGUGAGGAAGGCAGUGGCUCAGGAGGUGGAGAUCAUGGUGAAAGGUACAAUGAUGAUUGGCCAGGUUACGGGCCUUACUCCCCACCCUACAACAAACCCCCUCUUAAUCCUGCCUCCAACCCAGCAAAGCCACCCCGAAACCGAGAAAGAAACGGGUCCAAGUGGAACAGAAACAACGGCCAUGGACGGGUCAGAUCUGCUGCCAGCAGGCUCACUUCUCCUCUGGUUAUAUUGUUGUCGUUGCCUUUUGUGGUAAAUACCGCCCUCAUGUGGAGAUAGCUGGAUAUUACAGGCUGAGGGCAGAAGUACCUGUUAGUUGGUGAUCUUGAGCACAUUAAUAGAAUUAAGUCAUUCCAUUUGGGUACACCAGCAAAAAAACGAAGAGACAUAAACAGGCUAAAUUAGCAAUAAUCAAAAGCCUGUUUACAGCACAAAGUAGUGAUAGUUAUUGAAACAAAUGUUUUUUAUCUUCCUCCCCAAGCCCCCGAACAAGCUUUACCAGGCACUGACAAGAAUGAACAAUACUUUAGAAUAAGUAUCUUUAGUUUUUUUUAACAUCACUAUCAGAUAUUCAACCUAUCAGAGUUUGAAUGCCGGAUAGUAUUCACUUCUGGAGUAUAAAAGUCUUUGGUGAAUGUGGAACAAAAGCACCCAAACAGAAGUAAAUGUGUUUGCAGCAUGUUUGGAAGACAGAGCUUAUGGCCUAGUGGUGUGUGAGAUCAUGAUAUAGUUUCCUUUAUCAGCAGUCUAUUUUAUCGGAUUAGGUAUGUUUGCUGCCUUCUGUCAUGAAAUAAGUAAAUCAAUUGAGUUGAUCCUGGUUUCAAGGGGCUUCUUUGUGUUAACCGUUUAUAAUUUGUCUUCUGGAAGGAGUAGGAUUUGAUUUUUAUUGCAUAAUUAAUCCUCCUUAAUACACCUUGGAGAUUAAAGAAAGAGAACCAUGACCCCUGGGAUAAAACAAGGGGCUUAUUUUGAAUGUAUCUUAAAGGUCAAAUAACUUUGCGGUUACUUGUGAGGACAAAUGUUUGUUUAAUGUAAUAUAUUAAUGUUUUUAAUUUAUUUGUAAUAUAUUUCUUUGUUCUUAAUGUUAUUAUGAUUUCUAAGGCAAGGGUUGAGUGUUUUCUGAAGUUUUAAAGGAAGUGUUUCACUUUAGCAGUCUCUGGUGUAGAAAAGAACAAAUGUGAUGACAGCCAAUCAGAAGAAAACACUUCAAUAAUGGGUCACAAAAUACCCUUCAUCCUUGUUCUGGGCUUUAUAGCCUGAACCAGAGAUUGUUAAUAAGAAAUGUGUCUGAAUGUGUGAAUGUGUGAAAUUGUAUGAUGGUUUUAUAUUGUUUGACACAUGUUCAGGUUUGAGUGUUUUGAAAUCAUGCUGAUAAGAUGCUGGUAUGUUUUCUGAAUACUGCGCUUUUCUACUUAUUUUUCCUAAAAGAAAAAACAGUUGGAGAAAACAGUGAGCUUGUGGUGUUAUGUAAAGUUUGAUUGAAUGUUGAAGAAAAGCCGUAGAGGCUUUUAGGAACAGAGAGACGAUGGCUCUUCAUUUUUAUAUGCCCGGUGUGUUUUCACAGAGAGAAAUCAAAUAUCCGAUACAGAAACUAAAACUGUAAGGAUUGGCCAUCCUGUGAUAGAGAGGAGGGGAGAGUGAAUAUGAAAGAGUAGUUUGACAAGUUUAGAUAAUGCUUACUCACUGUCUUACUGAGAAGCAGAUGAAAACAUUGAUACCACUUUUAUGUCUGAAUGGAAAAUGUUGAGCUACAACCAUCACCCUUAGUUCACCCAGCUUAGCUUAGCCUAGCAGAAAGACUGAGAAUAGUGGGUUAUGGUUGCUGGUCUGGCUCGGUCCAAAUCACAAACAAUAUUUUUAAGCUCUCUUGUUAAAAUUUGUGUCUUGUUUGUCCUAUUUAGUGUUAAAAUCAUACGACCCCAAUUCCAAAAAAGUGUGGACGCUGUGUAAAAUGUUAAUAAAAAGUGCAUUUGUUGGUUUGCCAACCAUUUUAACCUUAUAUUUAAUUGAAAGUAGUGCAACAACAACAUGUUAAAUGUUGAAACUUAACAGUUUUAUUCUUUUAUUCUCAUUUUAAGUUUAAUACUAGCAACACUUAAAAAAAAAAAUCAGGACAGGAGCAUGUUUACCAAUGUGUUGCAUCACCUGUUCCUUUAAGAACACAGAAAAUGUUUGGGAAAUGUGGAGAGCAUUUUGUUCAUUUCCCAAUGCACCAAAUGUUUUCAAUGGGUGACAAGUUAUGACUGCAAGCACAUGGGCUCUUCUAUAACAGAGCUAAGCUGUUGUUAUAUGUGCUGAAUGUGGUUUGACAUUUUCUUAUGAAAAGUCUUCCCUGAAAAAGGCAUUGUCUGGAUGUUGCUCCACAACCUGUAUAUAUUGUUCAGCAUUAAUGUUAAGCUACCCAUGCCAUGGGCACUCAUCCAUCCCCAUACCAUAAUGGAUGCUGGCUUUGAAACUGAUAACAAGCCAAGUGUUUCCUCUACUUUAGAGUGGAGGAUGCUGCUUCCAUGAUUUCCAAAAGGAAUGUCAUAUUAUAAUUUAUCAGACCAGAGGAAAGUGUUCCACUUCACCUCAGUCCCUUUUGAAAAGGCUCAGGCCCAGCAAUAGUCCCUGAUGUUUCUGGAUAAUGUUUACUUUAGUUUUUCCUCUUUGCAUGGUACAGUUUUUACCUGCAUUUGUGGAUGACAGUGGAUUUUUAGAAGUGGUUUUGAGCCCAUGCAGUGAUUUCCAGUACAGAGUCAUGUCUGUUUUUAAUGUAGUGCUGUCUGGGGCCUGAAGAUAAUGGUCAUCCAGUAUUGGUUUUGGACCUUGUCCCUUUUUUUACAGUCUUCUCAUGAUUCUCUGAUUCUUUGAAUGAUAUUAUGAACUGUAGACAAUGAAACCACCAAAUUCUGUGCAACUUAAUGCUUAGGAACAUUAAUCGGAAUUUUUUUAACUAGAGUGGUGAACCUCUUCCCAUCGUUACGUCUGAGAGUUGGCCUCUCUGGAGUAAUACCCAGUCUUGUUACUGGCCUGUUGCAUAUCAGCCUGAUUAGUUGGGGUGUUCUUUUAGCAUCACAGGACUUUUUCAGUGUUAUGUUGUCCCUGUCACAACUUUGUUGAGAUGUGUUGCUGGCAUCAAAUUUAAAAUGAGCAUAUAUUUUCCAUAAAACAAUUUAUUUUUCCAGUUUCAACAUUUGAUAUGUCGUCUUUGCACUAUUUUCUAAUGAAGUAUAGGGUUUCAAAGAUUUGCAAAGCUAAACAGUUGUCUAUCUCAUGGAUUUUGUUACCUUUGGACAGAGCUUGGCUAACUUUUUCCAGUUGUCAAACAAAGCUAGGCUAACCAGCUGCUAGCUCCAGAUCCAACUCUUUUGCUAGUUUCAACUUGAACCUGUGUACCUGUGGGUAUGACACAGGGAAGUUCAUCAUCUACUUGGCACCUAAGUGGCAACGUUGAGAAGACACAGUAGCAAGGAAAUGUGAAAAUAAACACAAACACGCACGCCAAUCAAUGCAGGACAUGCUGUUGUAUAAAGAAAUGGAUAAAGGAUAAGGCCGGUUUGAAUGUGAAGAUUUUCUCCUCACAACUAUGAAAACAAUUUCUAAAAGGUUGAAAUGACAUAUUUUAACACGCCAUCAACCAAAAUAAGAGUUUCCAUUGGUUCCCCCAUUUGUCCAGUAAACACAUCAAAACUCUCAAAUCUGUAGUUUAAAAAAAAUUGCAUCAGGAAGGCUUAAAAAACAUUGUAAACGUCACUCUGUUUAAAGGUGUGUAAGCAAUACAGCAAUUUGGAGUAUUUCUCAAAUGUUGAACUGUUUCUCUAAGAAUGAUAAAAACCUGACAGGAUCCCUAAACAGAACGGAGAUACAAACAAAGCACCUUUAAGUGAUGUUCAGAUGAUGAUAAGGGACAUUGUUCUCUUUAGCAUUUUUAAAACUCCCUUCGUCAUACACUUUUUUUUUUUCAAAUCAGCAAUUGCACCUGUUGAACUAAAAAUAAGACCGAUAAAGGUUUCUUUCUAAAAGUUUGUCAUAAACAUCCACCUCUUACUUGUCAUAUGAGAAAGAUGACUUUUCCUCUAAGGAAGUGCUGCCGUAUAGAGUUGUGUGUUAACAAGCUUUUCAUUUUGAGUUAUUUUGAGUUGAAUUAAAUUUUUGAAUGAAACCAUUAUUAGUUUUUAGGAGCCAUUUUCAGUACUCAAUCACCAACACGUAUUAUAUUAUACAACUGCAAACAAAAAUAAGAACAGUAUUCAAAUGACAUUCAAACACAACUCACACAUUCCCCUUUUUGUGAAAGUAUUGCACAAAUUUUUAAUGUUAUUGUAACAGUUUUUGGUAUGAAACAAGUGGUAUUUUCUGCUUCAUUAAAAAAAGAACAAAGUG